AGGAAACGAAUCGCACGUGUCUCAUCUGUAACAAUCCUGCGUGUUUAACUCGCAAACAAAAUGAUCAUAUCGGAUUCCAAUUUCAUAUUUUUAUUUUCUUUUUCCUUUUCUUUUUCUUGAUCGUAAAACGUUAUGCUCUUCCAAUCCCUAAUCCCAUUAAUCCCUUUCAGAAUUCAGCAUCUGGGUUUUCUUGAUCUUGUAUUCCACCAUCACCAGCGUGUUCUCCAAUCAAUAAAGCACCGAUCUUGCUCAACAAACUUCACAAUCUUGAAACAAAACCCUAGAAGAAGAUGAAUAGGCGAUUCUGGACAUUUGAUACUUUGGUGGGUGCUUUUCUUGAUCUUUUUAUAGCAUAUUUCCUACUUUGUGGAUCAACAAUUGCUUUGUUUGCUGUUAAGUUUCUGGGUUUGUUUGGUUUGAGUUUGCCAGUUAAUAAUAACAAUGGAUUGUUUGGAAACCCUAAUUCUGGUUUUAGAAGUUUGCUUGUUGAUUAUCCUACUGAUAAGGUAUCUGCUGUUCAGUUUUCCGCAAGUAGAAAGUUCCCUUUUGAUUCUGUGUUCUUUAGGGCUCAAAAUAGUAACUUGAAUGGUGAAUUAAAUGUUGAUAGAGGCGUUGGUAAUGGGUUUAUGGAGUUAGAGGGUGAGGCGUCUUGUGGGUCGAAAUCGGAUGGGCGAAAAGUUAGGAGUAGAAUUGGGGAUUCGGGGAUUCCGAUGGAUAAGGAAAGAGGGUUUGAUGUGAAAGGAAAGGGGGCUUUGAAUUACCGGUUACGUGGCGGUUUUAGACGGAGACGAAAGGCGGUUUUUGAUAGCGGGUUGCAGAAACACUCGUCUGUAUCGUCUUCGCCGAAUUGGAUUACGUGUGUUGAUCAGCAGAGUAGUAAUGAUAACGAUAGUGGUGGGCCCGAUGGCAGCUCGAUUGUUUCUGGUGCUAACAAUGGUAACUAUGAAGCGGAGACUCCGGUGAAAUCAGAUAACAUAUUUGAAGGUAUUGUGUUCGGUGAUCCGCAGAAAAUGAUUCCGGUUAACGAAGCUGAUAAAGAUAAAAUGAUUGUUAUAUUAACGCGCGAGUUAGAAGAAUCAGAGACGGCACGAUCAGCGCUUUACGUUGAGCUCGAGAAAGAACGAAACGCGGCUGCAACUGCUGCAGACGAAGCGAUGUCGAUGAUUCUUCGUUUACAAGAAGAUAAGGCGUCGAUUGAAAUGGAGGCGCGCCAGUAUCAAAGAAUGAUAGAGGAAAAGUCGGCUUACGAUGAAGAAGAAAUGAAUAUUCUGAAAGAAAUCGUUUUACGGAGAGAGCGGGAAAAACAUUUCUUGGAAAAGGAAGUUGACGCGUAUAGGCAAAUGUUACGCAUCGAAAACGAUCAGUUUAAUGGUGGAAGUAACGAAGAUUUCACUCAAGAUCCUGAAUUUAUGUUGCAGCAACUUAGCAUGAACAUAUCCGAAAAGAAAAAUUCAAAACUGUUUGAAGAUGUUGACUUUUCAAAAACAGAGGAGCCCGAGAAAACUAUACCCAUUGUAGAGGAAGAAAAAGGUUCGGAAGUUGAUGCAUCGCGUGUUGGUGAAACCGACUCGCGUGAUGUCCAUGUGAUUGACAACGAGUCAAAGUCAACUGGAAGUAAGAAGAAACAAAUCGACCGAAAACCGAGUGGUUCAGAGACGAGUAGCGGGCUGCCACCUGUGAGCGGGUCAAAGAGUAGUUUAAGAAGGAAUUCCACGUCAGCAUUGGAUCACGAACGAACGAAACUUGAUUCGGAAGUUGAAUGGCUAAGAGAACGAUUGAGGGUUGUGCAAGAAGGAAGAGAGAAACUGAACUUUUCCGUUGAUAAUGCUGAUAAUGUUGAUAAUCGGGAAAAAGAAAGCGUGCAGUUGCAGCUUUUGGAGGAUAUAGCCCGUCAGCUUCAGGAGAUUCGAAUGCUGACGGAACCUCGAACAUCGCGUCAAGCUUCUCUACCCCUUCCUUCCUCUAAGGGUUCUUCUUCUACGAAGAAAAAACGAUGUAGAAGUGUAAGUGUAUCUUCGGGACACGCGAAAAGCUCUUGAAAGCACCUAUGGAGCAGAAAGGACCGCGAAGUCAAGCAAAGUUGAUUUAGUGUUUUUGAUAUCAUAUGUUGUGAAUAUUAGAUUCAGUUAGCAUGUGGUUAAAUAAGCCACUGGGAAAACACACCUUUGGCUGUUACAGUAGUAAAUGUUGUUUUGUUUUUACCUCUU